CUGCGGAGGACAAGCGUCAUUCAUUGUUCCAUCUUGUGCUUGCGAGGAAAGAACGAUUCAAUCGCUCGCUGGUCGACAUUUUUUUCGCUGUAACAGUUUGCGGUCGGUUGGAUUCUUUUCGGUAGCUGUGGGGGGCUUUGCAGUGAAACUAAUCAAUAUAAACCAAUUUGUUUGUUGAGAAUCUAUAAUACUUAUUGGUGGAGACAGCAGAAUAAUGUCUUCGUCGUACGGACACAUGAAUAACACGAACAACAGCACUGCCAGUAUGAGCCAUCACAACAAUCAGCACGAUUACGAGGAAACCGAUGGAGAUGCGGAUAUCCUGGAGCAGGACCUGUUCGAGGAAGUACCCCUGCUGGAUGAGGACAUUAUCGACGACAGCGAGGAAGACACGGAGGAGGCUAGCGAGACGGAAAUGGGUUCCAGCAACCAUCGAAACAUAGACGAACCGAUUGAAAUCAAAGAACAAAUGUACCAGGACAAGCUGGCAUCGCUAAAGAAGCAACUGGAAGAGCUGCGCUCGGGAACCCAUCCCGAGUAUCUCCGGCGAGUAAAGAAACUCGAGCAUCAGUACAACGAACGAAUGCGGUUGAAUGACAUCUACCGUGAGUACCUGAUCAGUUGCGUUGAGCGUGACUACAUCCUGGAGAAGAAUGCCGCAGUGAAAGAGUAUGAGGAAAAGAAGAUUGAUCUGCGGGAAAAUCUGAUGACGGAUUUUGAGGACCGACGAAAAAUGAUUGAGAAUGAGCGAGCAACUAUGGAACUAACUGGCGAUUCAAUUGAUUUGAAACCGACCGUAACACGUAAGCUUCGUCGAAGACCAAACGAGCCACUCCCGGUACCGGAAAAACGACGCAAACCGACAAGCGGCCAGCUGGUCCUGCUGUUGGACGAGAAGGAAGUGGAAAACGACUUGAAGCUGAUCAGCCGCGGCAAACCUGUACAAACCAUUCGCCCUCACACGAAUAGCCUCUCGGGUUCGUCUGCCGGCAAUGGGAACAUCCAAAACCCAACUAUUCAAAGUACAGCACUUGCUACCAUUUCCAACUCAACGCCGAACAACUAUCAGAUCAACAACUCUGCGGCAGCUGGAAAUGCUUCUCAUUCGAACGACGUCAGCAUUUCUAUCGUUCCUUCGCAGGCACCGAUGGUCGUACAGCACCAAAAUCAACCACCGGUCCUAUUGAAUUCCAAUAACGCAGGUCCUCAUCAAGGCCAAAGUCAGAACCAAAACCAUCAACCGCCGCCGCUGCCAGCCGCGCUGGCUCAAUCUCCAAUUAACAGCAGUCACCCGGUUGCAACAAUUCAACAGUCACAACAGCAGCAGCAGCAACAACAACAACAGCAGUCAUCCCAGCAGACACUGGUCGAAACCAAGAUCGAAGACGGCAAACUGUUGUACGAACGCCGCUGGUUCCAUCGCGGCCAGCCGGUUUACGUCGAAGGGAAGGACAUUCCGCGCUUUUCGGCUAACAUCAGCGCCAUCGGCAGCGAAGCCAUCUGGGUGAAGAAAACCGCCGAUGGUCAGAAGGUUCGUAUCUUCACCAGCCAGCUGAGCCGCGGUAAGGUUUCCAUCAAGAGGCGUGCCAAUUAGUGUGGGAUUCGAUUCGGUGGAACAGCCGCUGGAGCGUCGUCAGAUUUUGUUCCCCCUCCCCCCGUCUUGACACAGCAAUCUCGGAUCUCACAAUGUCACUUUUUAUCUUUUCUCUUCUGCUGGAAUCUGUCUCCUUUGUGUAUUAUUAUUAUUAUUCAAGUUUCAAGCCUGGGUUCGAAUUGAAAGUAGAAAUUUAUUUGUAUUUUUCGGCGUGAAGAGCGGUGAGACAGAUAAGCGAUGCUUAUUAUUUCUCGUAUUCGGCAGUUGGAACAAUAUUGUUCUCGAUCAACUAUUUAAAAAUGGAGUAUGAUCAGAAGAUAAGAGUUCGAAAAAUAAAUGAAACACGUAAGAUCUAAAUGUACUACAUACAAAAAAACGACAGAAGAAGCUUUGCCGUAUUUGCAUCUGUAAUGUGAUUGAAAAUAAAUUUUUAAAAAGCUGA